AUGAAGUCUUUUGGUACCUCUCCGGGAAGAUGCUUUUCUCUUCAACAGCAUGAAGAUAAUUUACUCCAUAGUCCCACUUCAGAUGAAAAUGCAAAGAGGGAUACAAGAAGGGAAAGCAACAGUUUUGCAUAUAGGAUUCAUGAACAUGUAAAACUGGGUCCUAAACUGUCUGAGGCUCUGAAGGGUAAGUUGAGUUUGGGUGCUAGGAUUCUACAAGAAGGAGGGAGAGGGAACAUUUUCAAGCAUGUUUUUGGUAUGCAAGAAGAAGAGAAACUCUUGAAGGCUUCUCAAUGCUAUUUAUAUACCACAGCUGGUCCUAUUGCUGGAAUUCUCUUUAUCUCCACUGAAAAGGUUGCAUUUUGCAGUGAAAGGUCGACGACCUUCUCUUCUGAAGGUGGAGAGUUAGUCAAGGCACCUUACAAGGUUUUGAUACCAAUAGGGAAGAUAAAAGAGGUCAAUGAAAGCCAGAAUGUGAACAAGUUAGAACAAAAGUACAUAGAAAUAGUGACUAAGGAUGACUCUGAAUUUUGGUUUAUGGGGUUUGUAAGGUAUGAGAAAGCUCUCAGGAAUCUCAAGAGAGCCAUUUCCAUGGCCAAUUAA